GGUGUCGGCUGAGCCGGGCUCGGCCCGGCCCGGCCCGGCGGCUCCCGGUCCCGAGGGUGCGAGAGGCCCCUGAGCCGGAUCGCGGUCGGCUCCGCCGCCCUCUGGGAAGACCUUGCCUUUAGCCGAUCUUGAAGCGGAUUCCAGCAGGGCUCUGUUUUCGCUGGGUAUAAUUAUUCGUGCUCGGACCACUGCAGCCGAUUCCCUUUCAAGGAGCGAGCGUGUCACGUACACCCGAGCUUAUUUUCUGAGCGCUGUCAUCUUGUUGAUUUUCGCGCUGUUUUCUCCGUGCUGCCUCAAGUGUAGUGAGUUAGUGGAUGGCUGAAAUUUGGCUCAACCAUUAAGUUGCUGAAAUGUUUUGCUGCUUGAGAACCGUGAGAAGGUUAUGUCUGGACAAGAUAUUGCUGCAGUGCAUUCUUCAGUCAAGAACUUUGUCAGGUGCUGAUGCCAUCAAUGCUCUCAGACCUUUCUAUUUUGCUGUACAUCCAGAUUUCUUUGGACAACAUCCCAAAGAGAGGGAAGUAAAUGAAAACUCUCUGAAGAGACUGAAUGGUUACUUGGAGAACCUACAGAAACCAGGAUUUCGUUCCUUUAAGCCAACUCAGCUUACUUUUUAUGUAAGAGAAAGAGAACCAAACUCUUCUAAUGUUCAGGAACCCUUCAGUGCUUCAGGGUUUCGAGCAGUCAGUUUUACUUUACAUACUAGGGAUCUCCUGAGCACAGUACUAGAUAUUCUCAACUCCUGCAGUUUAUCUACAGAACAUGUUCAGAGUUUGAAUGUGAACUCUCAGCCCCACAAAGAAGCAAAAAGCACAGUGAACAGACCUAUCAAAUGGGAUAAGACUUACUAUUCAUUUACUGGAUUCAAGGAUCCUGAGGAGGAACUAGAGCAAGCCCAGAGAGUGGAAACAACUUUACUGUCCUGGCUAGAUUAUAAUGAAGCAAGUGCAGUAAAAAAACUGAAAAAGAGUUUGCCGCUUAGAAAAGAAUUAGAACGUUUAAAAAUUGAACUUUCUCAUGAACUUCAGCUCUCAGAUAUCAGGUGGCAGAGAAGCUGGGGUAUUGCUCACCGCUGUAGCCAGCUACACAGUCUGGGCCGCUUGGUCCAACAGCGACCUGAAAUAUUAGAGAAUGUUAAAGGACGCACGGUGGUAUUUACAGACCGCUCGGGUAUGAGUGCAGCAGGUCACAUAAUGCUGGGGACCAUGGAUGUUCACCAUCACUGGACCAAAAUUUUUGAGAGACUGCCAAAUUAUUAUAAACUUCAAAAAAGGCUGCUGCUUUUGGAAGAUCAGAUAAGCCAACUUCUGGGAGGCAUCCAAGUAAUAUAUAUUGAAGAACUGCAACCUCUGUUCACUCUAGAAGAGUACUUUGAGACUCUGAACUCUUUCUAUAAUAAACUACGUGACAGCAGAUUACCUUUUCAUCCUCGCAGUCUGCGAGGCUUGCAAAUGAUUCUGGAAAGUGACAGAUAUGCACCAAGCUUACAUGAACUUGGACACUUUAUGAUCCCAACGGUCUGUGAUCCGGCAGCACUUCAAUGGUUUAUUUUUGCCAAAGCACAGGAAGCAAGAGAGAAUUUGAAAAGAAAGGAGGAGAUGAUGAUUACAGAGAAGGAGCUAAUCAACACUUCCAUGGAAAGAUUUUCUUUGGACCGGCUGUAUAAGGAACCCAGCGUUUCCAGUGCACAGAUGAUAGAUUGUUGUAAGCGGCUGCUGGAGGAAUCCUUACCCUACCUACAAGGCAUGCACCUCUGCAUUUCACAUUUCUACUCUGUGCUGCAGGAUGGAGACCUGUGUAUACCUUGGAACUGGAAAAACUGAGGGAUGUAUCUGAUAAUCAGAUGAAUUGUUUUAUUUUCUGUAAGAGGUUAUAAAUAUGAAUGUUUUUAAGAGUAAAUUAUUUAAAUCUGUAUUUUGAUAUCAGUAUUCAGCUCACAAAUUUUCUUCCAACUGCUGCUGAGGAAGGAUUGCAGUUCUAGACAAUUUGCACAAUGCGCAGUUUUGGUAGUCCUGAGAAAGACAUCUGUACGUUAUCCAUACUACUGUAGGAGUCCCAGUGUAUGGUUACAGUUGUGAAACUGCAUUUUUGUAGUGAAUUCUGAAAAUGCAUUAAAUUUCAAGUCUGCAAAAAUGUGCAUGUGUAUUUUUAAUAUACGUGAAUAUCUCAAGAUAAAUCAUCUUAAAUUAAGAGUGUACUGCUCCAGUCAGGCAUUACAUGCUGCUUUAAGGGGUUCAUUGAAUGCAGAAGUACAGAAUUUAUCUGGUGACAAUGCUGGCAUUUCAUACUGCCACCUAUCACUGAAUUAGAAAAAAAAGAGAAGAAAGGAAAAAACAUUGGAAUAUCUCUCCUUUGCAGAAGACAGCAGUACAUUAACUUGGAGUCUACAGCAGAAUUUUGUAUGCUGGUCCAACAUUGUUGCCUUAGAAUUCCAAAAUAUGCCAGUUACGCUUUCUGUGGUUACUUUAAAGCAGAUGUCAUUCUCUUUCUGUUUUACGGCAUUUGCUCCAUAAAUACUGGCAGUCCUCUUUACUUACACUAUUAUAGAUUGCAAAUCCCAUACACAACACUUAAACCCUGAGUAGUAGUUUUAAUGUGAUAUCUAAGGGAAGGAAGCACUGAUUUUUUUGGGAUGUCUGCAAGAAUAAGUACUCCUCAGUAAGAGCAACGAGUUUGCAGUAUGGCAAACAUUUGAAUACUUAUUGGUACUUAAUUCCUUGAAAAAAAUGAAAUAAAGUGUGAAUGCACGUCAACACUUUUUCAUUGUAAUACAUGCCAAGAUACAUUUUGGUAUUUGGAUUACUCCUUAGCAAAAUUUGUUUGAGAAAGACCAACUGCUUAACAUUUCUGGAUUUGAAUUUACCAUAACUGGCAAAAAGAAUUGUCAAAUGCUUACUUGCCUUGUAUUUUUAUUUUUUCUUGAGCCGGGAAAUUGAUGUGGUUCUGUUUUCUCCUGUUAGAUGGCUCAGUGUCGAGUUGUUUAUUAAUAUCUCAAACUUAAAGCAAAAAAACCCCAUUGUGAUUUCAAAAAUGUCUGUUCUAAAACAUCAGGAGAGAAGCUGUGACUUCCUCAGACUUCAAUCCAGGGGAUUUUCUGGCAAGGCCUGGAGAGAUUUUGAUCAGUUGACAGUUUUCUUCCAAGUAAUUAACUUCCAUGGCACAUGCCCUCCCUCAGUCCAUCUAGCACUGCUGCUCCUCUUGUGUCCCACCUGUGCCAAGCAAAUGCACCAGUCCCAUCAGCUGUAGCCCAGCAAUAUUCCUUCAUUCAUCUCUUUGAAAGUAGGGUGUCUUUGGGAAUAAAAAGACUGUACUAGUGGGGGGUUUUCUUGCUUGAGUUUAAUAACCCCUUAUAGAGCUCGAGGGAAGAAGCAGCUGUCCAGUUUGACUGUAGAGGAGAUGAUAAAAGGUCUAAGGGAAGGUGAGUGGAUGCAAGCAAGAGCCUGAGGCCAUCCUGUGAAGACUGACAUGUCACUGAAAGCAGUGACUGCACCUUCUCUUUGCAGCACAGAAUGGACAACUGAAACUGGCUGGAGAAGAAGACAUAAUGGACCUUUGUGAAAUAGAGAUGGGAUGUUUCUACAAGUAAUGGGGACCUUGACAUGGAAUGCGGGUUGGAGAAGGCAAAGCUUGACAAGGGAUAAUGGGACUGAGCUUAAGUGUAGAAGCAGUGAAGUAGUUGCUGUAAAACAUUUCUAGUCUGGGAUGCAUCUAAAGAUUCUCACCAUUCCGUGAGAAAUCUAAGGGAAAAUAGCCAAAAUCCUCUGGCAGAAUGCAUCAGCCCUCAAAGGGUGGCAUGGCAGCUUACUUUCCUGAUGGUUCCUCCAGGCUAGGGUCUUGGAUCUGUGCAAUAAACCAGCCACCCUCCCACCAGCGAGAUGGUUGUCUCACAUGCUGUGGGGAUAUGCCUUCCCUCUUCUAUUAGGUUUUUUUUUCCCUGAGGUCUAAAGGAGAUGCAUUUUGAAAUCUCUAAAACUGUUCAGAAGUUUAGCAGUAUAAAAAUGAAGGUUGAGUAUAGGUCAGUAAUUCAGCAGUGUAAUGUCUGGGUGUAACUGGUUUUUUAUAGUGCACUUUCUGUAAGUUAGUUUUGCUGCUGAAUGAUCAAGUUGCCUUUACAAACAUAUGGGCCUCUUUACAUUUUUAACAUAUUCAGAAAAACAGUGCGGGGGGAAAGGUGCAUGUUGUAGGUGUUUAUUUGGUCAUGUUUGAUUUAUUUUGAAGACUGUCACCAAAGUAACAGAAUUAUCCAUUUAGGUAAAUGUAUAUGGGUUAAAUCUGUCAGACUUACAUUUUGAUUUCUAACGUUUUAUAUAUGCCAAGGGAAAAAAAAAGGAGUUAGAACUCUGAAAAUCUUCUGUCACUAUGGUAGCGUGUAAACAGAUGAUGAAUUGAAACUCUUGUGUUUUUAAAUAGUGCAGAACACCUCAAAUUCUGUUCAACAGACAGUGCUGUCACAACUCUGUGGAAACAUAUUUGAAUGAGUACUGACACCUACUGUGGUUUUAUCCAGUACAACACUCCUGCUUGUUCUGUGAUUAGUAACUGAAAACGUUUGGUAUGAAGUUUCAAGAAGCAUCCUCCUUAAAAACAGAUCCUAAUAUUAAAUUAGGUGGAGUUGA